CCGGCACUCUUAUCCAGUGUGACUUACAGCUGUUGUUACAAUUGGAACACACCACAGAACAUUGUGAUGGCAUUUUAUCUUCUUAUCACUCUGGGAUUUCCAUUCAUUUCAGCGGAGUCACUUCUGCCUCCACCACAAAACGUUGAGGUGGUCUCUUACAACAUGGAUGCCAUAGUUAAGUGGGACGCUCCCCUUACUUCACUGAAAAACCUUACCUACACAGCUGAAUACAGAAUGCCUUCAACUGCCUUCUUCCACACCGUAUGUAAAGCCACCAAAGAGCACAGUUGUGACUUCGGCGAACUUCCCAGUUGCCAUGGAAAUUAUCAAUUCAGAGUGAGGAUGGAGUUAGAGGGAAAUAACUCCAGUUGGGCGGAAACCCCAAACUUCUCUCUUAAGAAAGGAACCGUAAUUGGUCCUCCAAACGUAACCUUGGUCACCAAGGGAGGAGCUUUUGGAGCUGUGGAGGUGAACAUUCAGAAUCCGGUGCUAAAGAUCUCAUCGCUGAAAGAAGCCUACAGCAAAGUGCAAUACAAUAUCAGAUACUGGAAGAAGAGUGACAAGAACGAUGUGUCUGAGAGAGAGAUGGUGACUGAGCAACGUGUUAAACUGAAGGCCCUGGAGCCCAACACUAGAUACUGCGUUCAGGUUCAGGUGUACAUACCGAUGCCGCAAAACAAUACGGGGCAGUACAGCAAGGCCGCGUGUGUGAUGAGCACCGCAAACAACACAACCACAGAUGGGGAGCGAAGGUUGUCUGAGGGCCUGGUGGUCAGUUUGGUGACAGUAGCUGUGGCUUUUCCACUACUACUCCUAGUCCCCUGGAUCAUCUACAAAGGGAAAAGGUUUCUCCAUCCCAAGGUUGAGCUGCCUGAGCAUUUGAAACAGCACCUGAUUGAUUCUCAUCAAUACCCUUACCUGGCCUCGCAGAUCACCUCUCCUCUACAAGAGAAGUAUGAUCAGAUCAGCGCUCUGUGUGAGGAAAAUCCAUACAAUGUGUUGACUGACAUACCAGAGGACAACCUUUACCAUGUGGAUAGUGGGGUCUCUGUGGAGAUGCCUGAAUACUACAAUGCUGUUGAUAAAAAUGCCAAUUUUGACAUGCCCUACAAGAAUAUCUGACAAUGGUAUCAAGACAUGAGCUAAUGUAAUCAUUCUGUAUAUGGAAUCUGAGGAUAACAGGUAGUCAUGAUGGAUUGUAAGCCAUUAACAUUAAUGUGUUCAUUAGGGGCUGAGGCCCUUCAGCAUAAAUAUUUUAACUUUUCAGUGUUUUUCCUCUUCAAUUUUCCUGCUUACAAAACCGUAUUGAACUUCAUACCUUUUGUUUUUUUUACAUACUGUAUAUACACAGUACCAGUGAAAAGUUUGGACACACCUACUCAUUCAAGGGUUUUUCUUUAUUUUUACUAUUUUCUACAAUUGAAAAUUUAAGUGAAGACGUUUUUACGGUGUUAUUUCAUAGUUUUAAUGUCUUCACUUUUAUUCCAUAUAUAAACACACACUACCGUUCAAAAGGUUAUAAAUAAUGAUUUUUAUUUGAAAAAAUAAUUGUGACCUUCAAACUUUGCUUUCGUCAAAGAAUCCUCCAUUUGCAGAAAUUAUAGCCUUGCAGACCUUUGGCAUUCUAGUUGUCAAUUUGUUGAGGUAAUCUGAAGAGAUUUCACCCCAUGCUCCUGAAGCAUCUCCCACAAAUUGGAUUGGCUUGAUGGGCACUUCUUAUGUACCAUACGGUCAAGCUGUUCCCACAACAUCUCAAUAGGGUUGAGAACCAGUGACUGUGCUGGCCACUCCAUUAUAGACAGAAUACCAGCUGACUCCUUCUUCCGUAGUUUGAAGUUUUGCUUUGGAUCAUUGUCCUGUUGUAGGAGGAAAUUGUCUCCAAUAAAGCACCCUCCAUGUGGUAUGGCAUGGCGUUGCAAAAUGUAGUGAUAGCCUUCUUUCUUCAAAAUACCUUUCAACCUUUACAAAUAUCCCACUUCUCCACCACCAAAGCACCCCCAGACAUCACAUUGCCUCCACCAUACUUGGCAGAUGGCGUCAAGCACUCCUUCAGCAUUUUUUCUGCGUCUCACGAAUGUUCUUCUUUGUGACCCGAAAACCUCAAACUUAGAAUUGUCUGUCCAUAACACUUUUUUCCUUUCUUCCUCUGUCCAGUGUCUAUGUUCUUUUGCCCAUCUUAAUCUUUUAUUUUUUUGGGCCAGUCUGAGAUAUGGCUUUUCUUUGCAACUCGGCCUAGAAGGCCAGCAUCCUGUAGUCGCCUCUUUAGUGUUGAUGUUGAGACUGGUGUUUUGCGGGUACUAUUUAAUGAAGCUGCCAGUUGAGGACUUGUGAGGUGUCUGUUUUCAAACUAAACACUCUAAUAUACUUGUCCUCUUGCUCAGUUGUGCACCGGUGCAUUCCACUUCUCUUUCUAUUCUGGUUAGGGCCAGUUUGUCCUGUUCUGUGAAGGGAGUAGUACACAGCGUUGUAUGAGAUCUUCAGUUUCUUGGCAAUUUCUUGCAUAGAAUAGCAUUCAUUUCUCAGAACAAGAAUAGACUGAUGAGUUUCAGAAGAAAGUUCUUUGUUUCUGGCCACUUUGAGUCUGUAAUUGAAUCCACAAAUGCUGAUGCUCCAGAUACUCAACGAGUCUAAAGAAGACCAGUUUUGUAGCUUCUUUAAUCAGCACAAUAGUUUUCAGCUGUGCUAACAAUAUGGCAAAAUGGUUUUCUAAUGAUCAAUUAGCCUUUUAAAAUGAUAAACUUGGAUUAGCUAACACAACGUGCUAUUGGAACACAGGAGUGAUGGUAGCUGAUAAAGGGCCUCUGUACGCCUAUGUAGAUAUUGCAUUAUAAAUCAUCCGUUU